AUGGUCGAUGAUAACAAUAGUGUUCCCACACCAUUGCCGGUGACGCUCGAGCGCGGUGUGUGUGGUCGCAUGGCGAGCGCGCAAUGCACGGGCGGCGUGUGGCGACGACGCGGGCGCGCGGGCCCCGGCCGCGUGCGAUCUCACCGAACUACCUCACCUCCCUCCGCCCUCCCAACCACCCCGCCCUCGCCCAAUGCCUACCCUCUAGGGCUGACUUCGGACCUAUUUGCA